AUGGACUCAGCGAGGCGUGGUGACUCGGCCGAAGUCACACAGCCAGUUGGCGGCAUAGCCCGGGGGUUCAGUCUGGCCUUUGUGGCGCCGCAGGACCCAGCACACGAUGUGGAUCUGAGCCAGGCGGGUAGCGGCGGGAACUCGCCCCUUCUACUCACCCCUCCACAUCUCCGCAUCACCCUUUCUUCCUGUGCUGUCCAGGCCUCCUCUAGCCUGUGGAAUCCAACCCCGGCUCCCGUCAGCGGCCCCUCCCUGCUGCUCCCCAUCCCGGCCAUCGUCGUGCUCUCCGUGGGCAUCUAUCUGUUGCUGUUGGGUCUUGUGCUGCUGACCAGGCACUGCCUGCUGGCCCAGGGCUGCUGCACAGACUGCAGCUCCCCCUGCAGGAAGCAAGGCGCCUCCAGGCCCCAAGACUGUUGCCAGACCUGCGCCGAAGCCUGUGACUUCCCCCUGCCCAGCCCAGCCCGCUACUUGGAUGCCUGCUGCCCCCAGCCCGCCGAAGCUGACUGGGCCCCUCGCUGCCCUCGCUGCUGCCCGCUCUGCGACUGUGCCUGUGCAUGCCAACUUCCUGACUGCCAGAGCCUCAACUGCCUCUGCUUUGAGAUCAAGCUCCGAUGACGAUCCAGGGUCCCUGCUCUUUGGGGAGCGGCCAGCCCCCAGGGCCCACAGGCCCUGUUCCCUGAGGGGACUCAGGACACCUUUCUCCAGGCCAUUGGAACCACAAAUGGCCUGCCCAGCUCACCGACCUGGGAACCAGCAGUGGAGAGCCUGGCUCCCUGAAGAGUGGGACUCACAGAGCCCUUGGCCAGCAGGACGGCAGCCCCUUGGCAGGGCCAGAAGAGAGAGGGGCUGGUGCUCCAGCAGGUCCCCCUGCCCUUGACUCCUCCUCCCCAAGUAACUGAACAUAUUUGAAGAUCGCUGUCCAGAGAUUUAUUUCUCUUGACAGCCUGUUGAGGGCCUCAGUCUGGAUGUCCAAGGAAGAAAUCUCUGAAGUACCGG